AUGGCCCUUUGGCCCCAUAGGGGGCUGCACAGCUUGUCACUCUUGCACCCCUCCACCCAGGGAAGAACAUCCAUAGGGAGAGAAUCCAGGGUGUCAUCUGAACCCAACUGUUUUGAGACACAUCAAGCUCUCAGUAACAUCAGCAUGAGGGUACAAAGAGGUCGCAAAAACCAGCUUCAUAGCCUUAUUCUGAAUGUGGAAUCCAAAACGGACAGUGCUCCCAAUGACAAGCUUCACAACAUGAUCAGUACCACCCUGCAAAUCACACAAACCAAAAUUGGUCAAGAUAUAUUCAUUAGAUCCCAAAAUAUCAACACACCAAUGAGUUUCAUAUUGGAAAUUGAGGACAUCAAGGGGAUCAAACAACUAUGCUUAUAUCAUCACAAUUGCAAAAAUUCAUUCAAGUUCUUUUAUUUAAGCCAAGAAUAA